UAGAGCCGCUGGACAGGCAGGGCCAGACAUGGAAAACGUGAGGCGGGAGGCUACUCGGCCCUCUGUUCCCUCAGGCACCCUUGAACUCUACUUCCCCGACCAUCUCUACCGCAAUGACUACGUGUCCCUGGAGGGGCCCCGUUGGGCGCCGGCCAUCAAGCAAGCGGUGCGCUGGAAGUUCACGCCCAUGGGACGGGAUGCGGCGGGCCAGGUAUGGUUCACCGGCCUGACCAACUCGGAACCUGGUGAUGCCUGGUACAAGCUGCCCCGCGCACUUGACACUCCGUACCGCGAGGCCCACACGCGUUGGCACGGCUGCUUCCAGAGUCGCCAGCGUGGCCUGCCGCCCGCCUACACACAGCACUUGCGGGAGAUGGCCUUCUGGGACCCUGCGAUACCCGCGCAGUAUCUCAACUCAGACCCGCGCUGGGGGUGCGUGCAGUGGAGGGACAGGCAAAUCCGUGGCAAGGAGUUCGUGGUCACCAGGAACCAGUUCGGGGCAAAGCUGCCCUGGCAGUCCGACUAUGUGCCGCUCCUGUCGCCGCCGCAGCGGCCGCGCUUCACCGCGCAGGACUUCAGACAGCGGGACCUGCAGCGGCCCUACCCAGCCACCGGCCAGCCGCCUCCGGCUUUCACACCCGCGCUCUGAUAAAGCCGUGCUACUGACCCGUGUGUCCGUGUCCCCGU